AGUUAAUUAAAAUGAAUGGGUUUAGAAGGAAUCAUUUUUGAGAUACAAAGAAAAUCAGAUUUUGAAAUCUAGACUUAAGAUUUAAAGGUUGAGAGAAUAUAUUCUUAUGAUAUAAUAUAAAAGUUGAAAGUUUAAGGACAUUAUGUGAGUUAGAGUUUGAUUUAAGUUUAUAAAAUAAUAAAUGAUUUAAGAGAUAAAUAAAAAAAAUAUUUUUGA